AUGGUCCUGGCACUGAAAGACCUGAAGGUGAAGGCACUAACAGACCUUCUGGUCCUGGCACUGACAGACCCUAUGGUCCUGGCUCUGACAGACCUUAUGGUCCAGGCACUGAUAGACCUUAUGGUCCUGGCACUGACAGACCUGAAGAUGAAGGCACUGACAGACCAUCUGGUCCUGGCACUGACAGACCCUAUGGCCCUGGCACUGACAGACCUGAAGGUACCUUAUGGUCCUGGAACUGAGAAACCUGAGCGUCUAGGCACUGAUAGACCUGAGGGCCCAGUGCAGACGCCAGUGUACGAGGAAGAUAACUUUUCCACCGAUGAAACUGGAGGGACAUCUGACGGUAUUAUCACACCGGGUCCAUUUUUCGAUUUCUCAACUGUUACCGAAAUGCCCACAACAACAGUAGUUGCUGACAGAUUCGAUGACGACGGGACCCUGCCUCCUGGAAUAACCGGAAUAACCGCAGGACUCCCACUCGGCGAUGAUGACAGCGACAUCAUCUUUGGGGGCAUUGGUGGGACUACUGGAUCGCCCGUUGCAACCAUUGUUCCAUCAGCAGAAAAUGAUACCUCUAUGUCCCUACAUAUCCCACUCGUGACCUUUAUCCCUGCCCUUAUCAUGCCCUUCCUUGUCCCUAAGUUACCCCCAGUUUCUGCAGAAACUCCCACCUGCAGGAACAAUUAUAACUGCAAGGACACCCAGCUGUGUUACGGCGGGGUGUGUGUGGACGGUUGUUCUGUAUCCAAGUGUGGGUACAAAGCUCAGUGCCACACCGUGCAUCACAUCCCCAUGUGUACCUGUGUACCUGGUCAUCGUGGUAACCCCCUGACGGAGUGCCUUCCAAAGAAAGUAUAUAUUGCACAACCACCUGCCACACCCCGCCCUCCUACACUCACACCUCGGCCUCCCGUGGGCGUCCUCACCCCGCGGCCCCCUCCCGUCACACCGAGCACUCAGUGCGUGAGAGACUCCGACUGCUCUUUCGCGGAGAGCUGUCGAGGUGGCUCUUGCGUUGAUCCAUGCGUGGUUGGCGCCCCGUGUGGACGCAACGCCGAAUGCGCUGUGACGCUACACCGCCCUAUUUGCUCCUGUCCUGCGGGGUACACGGGUAACCCCCGCCAAGAGUGCCUUAAAGCACCAACCGUUCCUCCCGGAUGCACCUCAGACUUCGAUUGUAUCGAGACCAAAGUUUGCUAUGACCGGGACUGCAAGGACCCGUGUGGUCUUGCCAAUCCCUGUGCGGCCAAGGCCACUUGCACUACAGUCUCGCAUCGUCCCGUGUGCACCUGCAAUCCGGGUUACUCGGGAAAUCCUUAUGUUUUCUGCGGAGUUGACAAUUUAUCUACGGGAUGCCGUGGCGAUGGUGACUGUCCAUCAACACAAGCUUGUAUUAACAACGACUGUCGGUACCCCUGCGAAGAUGACCCCUGUGGAAUAAAUGCCGAGUGUAUCAACAGUGAGCAUAGUGCCCAAUGCAGGUGCCGCAACGGCUUCCAGGGUGAUCCGCUUAAAGGAUGCACUCCCGAGUGCUACAGCGGGCAGUGCGUGAGCCCAUGCCGGCCCGCCAGCAACCCCUGCCCACAGUCCGCGACCUGCCUUGCCCUCAACCACGCCGCCACGUGCAUGUGCCCCCCUGGUCAUACGGGAAUCCCCCUGCAGGGCUGCUCCCCACUCCCCCUCUGCGGCUUCAACUCCGAGUGUCCUCUUGACAAGGCCUGCAUUGAGCGGGUGUGCGCUGACCCAUGUGAGACCGCCCCGUGCCCACAGGGGUCCGUGUGCACCGUAGAGACUCACAGACCAGUGUGCCUGUGUCCCCCCGGGUUCACAGGAGACCCCAGAGUGGGAUGCAGCCGCAGCGGCUGCGAGGGAGACUCUGAUUGUCCCGGUGGGAGGGUGUGCCGUGGCGGGCGGUGCGUGGACCCGUGCACGGACUGCGGGCAAGGGGCGCUGUGCCAGCUGUCCGGCUCCACGGCUCUCUGCCUCUGCCCCGAGGGCUUCACAGGAAACCCAAGUGUUGCUUGCAGCCCAAUCCCCGGCUACUGCUCCUCGGACAUCGAGUGCCAGCUUCAGGAGGCGUGUGUGCGGGGGGAGUGCCGCGACCCCUGCACAACAGUGCCUCCGCCGUGUGGCGUGGGGGCUCGCUGCCGCGUCAUAAACCACCGCACCAUCUGCCAGUGCCCAGACGGGUACGAGGGAGACCCCCGCGACCUGUGCUCCCCAGCGAGCACCCCGCAGCCGGGAUGCCAGUACAACGAGGACUGCCCAUCAAACAGGGCUUGCGACCGGCUCUCGCGCAGGUGCAUCGACCCCUGCGACGAGGACGCCUGCGCCCCCACGGCCUUCUGCCAAGCCGUCGACCACCAGGCCAGGUGCGAGUGCCCGGCGGGAUACAGCGGCAACCCUUACAUCGAGUGUGCUGUCCCUUCUGAACUAACCCGGGCGCCCCCCACCCUCUCCCCUCCCCCUUGCUUACAACCUGUAGAGGCCUGCACCAGCAAUGACACGUGCCCCCCCGGGACGUCGUGCAUGUACGGCCAGUGCGCGGAACCGUGCUCAGCGAUCCGGUGCCCGCCAGGGAAGGUUUGCCGUGCCCAGGGGCGGGGCGCCGAGUGCGUGUGCCCCACGGGCCUCGCUGGAGACAACUGUGACCAGAUAUCCUCUGGCGGUUGCUCUGUCGACACCUCGUGCCCGCCCGACGAGGCUUGCAUCUCGGGCACGUGCCUUGACCCGUGCCUGGUGAAGAACCCGUGCGCUGCGGAUGCCUUGUGCACGGUGGCGCAGCACAGCCCCGUCUGCACGUGUCCGCCGGGCCAGUUCGGGGACCCCUACGUCGUCUGCGGACUCACAAAAGUGUGCCGAAAUCUCUCAUGUGAAAGCUACCUCGGGCACUUCGCACUCCGGAGCGAGCCUGAGCACUCUCCUGGGCCCUUCCAUUCACUAACACCCGCCCUCGUUCCCGCAGCCCUUGGGUGCCGCGACAACAGCGCCUGCCCGCCCACGCAGGCCUGCAUUAACAACCAGUGCCAGGACCCGUGCCGCUGCGGUCGCAACGCCGUGUGCGAGGUCACGCAGCAUCGUGCCACGUGCCGCUGCCCACCAGGGUACCAGGGUGACCCCCUCAGGAAUUGCCAAGUGCCCAUCAACCCAUGCGACUCCGACCCGUGCGGCGAUGGCGCCCUCUGCGAGCUAGACAACGGCAACCCCAUCUGCGUGUGUCCGAAAGGCACCACCGGCAACCCGUUCGAGAAGUGCAUUCCUGAAGGCAAGGACUGCGAGCCGAACCCAUGCGGCCCCAACUCGGGCUGUCGUGUGGUCGGCGGCGCCCCCGUCUGCUUCUGCCUGCCGGAGUUCAUCGGGAACCCCCCGAGCGUGGCGUGCAGCCCCCCCUCCAAUCCGUGCGACCCCUCCCCGUGCGGCCCCAACACGGAGUGCAACAUCGUGAACGGCUUCCACCGGUGCACGUGCCGUCCCGGCUACGUGGGCAACCCCAACACCAUCCGGGGCUGCGAGCCGCCCGUCAACCCCUGCGUGCCGUCCCCGUGCGGUCAGGGCGCCCUCUGCGACCCCAACAGGAAGCCCUUCUGCUACUGCCGCCCCGGCCUCAUCGGCGACCCCUACACUGGCUGCAGAGUGCCGCCCCCCAGCUGCAGUCCCGGCGUGUGCGGGCAGAAUGCCGAGUGCUACGUGCGCGGCGAUAAGCUGCAAUGCCGCUGUCUCGAGGGCUAUAGAGGUGACCCGAAGGUGCGGUGCGAGUCGCAGCCCGACAACCCGUGCGAGCCCUCCCCGUGCGGGCCCAACACGCUGUGCUCGGUGUCGCCCGGCAACCGCCCCAUCUGCGCCUGCUCCCCCGGCUUCUUCGGCGAGGCACUCUCGUUCCAGGGCUGCAAGCCGGAGUGCACCGUCGACACGGAAUGCAGCGACGACCUGGCGUGCAUCAACACCAAGUGCGUGGACCCGUGCCCGGGCGCCUGCGGCAUCAACUCGCUCUGCGAGGUGAACACCCACCGGCCGGUCUGCUUCUGCCCCGCCGGCUUCAUGGGCAACCCCUACAUCAGGUGCGAGGAGAAGUCGGAGCCCAUCCCGCCCAAGGUGGAUGAGGAACCCUCCAACCCGUGCGUGCCGCCCCCGUGUGGCGUCAACGCCGAAUGCCGCGUGCAAGGCCAGUCGGCGGUGUGCUCAUGCAUUGGCGACUAUAUCGGUGACCCGAAAGACAGAUGCAGGCCGCAGUGCGUUACCAACGCCGACUGCGCCGAUGACAAGGCCUGCAUCGACCAGAAGUGCCGCGACCCGUGCCCGGGGCUCUGCGGGGUCAAUGCCGAAUGCGAGGUCGUCAACCACAAUCCCAUCUGCUUCUGCCCCAAGGACCUCACCGGCGACCCCUUCAGGUUCUGCUUGGAGAAACCGCUGCCUCCGCGCCCGCCCCCCUGCCAGCCGAACCCAUGCGGGCCCAACUCCGAGUGCCGCCCGAGUGCGGACGACAAACCCGUCUGCUCGUGCCAGCCCGGCUUCUUCGGCUCCCCGUGCCGCCCCGAGUGUACCAUCAACCCCGACUGCCCGAUGACCCGCGCCUGCAUCAACUACAAGUGCGUGGACCCGUGCCAGGGCUCCUGCGGCAUCAACGCAAAGUGCUCCGUGGUCGCGCACAACCCCGUGUGCAGAUGUCCCGACGGCCUCACCGGAGAUCCGUUCAGCCGCUGCUUCGAGAAAGUGCCUAUAGUCCCUGGCCUGGAGACGACCCCCCUCCCCCCCGCGGCCCCCUGCACCCCCUCGUGCGGUGCCAACGCCGAGUGCCAAGUGGUGGGAGGGAAGGGCACUUGCGCCUGCCUUUCCGGCUUUUACGGCCGCCCAGAGCUCGGCUGCACGCCCGAAUGCAUCACCAACCCCGACUGCGUGCCGUCUCGUGCCUGCAUCAAUCAGCGCUGCGUGGACCCUUGCGCUGGCUCGUGCGGCGUGCAGGCCGAGUGUCGCGUCCUGAACCACAACCCCAUUUGCUCGUGUCCUCGGGGAUACGUCGGGGAUCCUUUCAGGGCGUGUCAUCCUGCUCCUCCUAAACCUGUGUUACCCCAGACACCUGUGACUCCGUGCCUCCCCGACCCGUGCGGGGACAACGCACGGUGCACAGCGUCAGGCACGGUGGCGUACUGCACGUGUCUCCCCGGAUUCUUUGGAGAUGCGCGCGUGCAGUGCCGCCCCGAGUGCCUGGUGAGCAGUGACUGCCCGCUCACGCUGUCGUGCAUCAGCCAGAAAUGCAGAGACCCGUGCCCUGGCACGUGCGGCAACAACGCCCUCUGCUCUGUCGUCAGCCACAACCCCGUGUGCGUGUGUCCCGAAGGCUACAUGGGUGACCCCUUCACCGAGUGCCGCGUCAGACCGCUGCCACCGGUCCAACCGGAGGCGGUGAUCAACCCGUGCGUGCCCGACCCAUGUGGCGCCAAUGCCGAGUGCCGCGUGCAGGGCACCGUGGCCGUGUGCGAGUGCCGUCCGGGCACCUUCGGCAACCCCAACCAGCCGUCGGGAUGUCGCUACGAGUGCGUCGCCAAUGCCGACUGCCCGAUGGACAGUGCGUGCAUCAACCGGCGCUGCGUGGACCCGUGCGCGGGCACGUGCGGCCUCCAGGCGCUGUGCGACGUGGUGGCUCAUAACCCCAUCUGCAGGUGUCCCGCCGGCUACACCGGCGACCCUAUCUAUCGGUGCACCCUGAUCGAAUUGGUAGUGACGCCGGAGGCCGAGACGCCGUCUAGCCCGCCGCAGGACCCGUGCGCCGGCUCGCCCUGCGGCCCUGCGGCGGUGUGCUCCAGCGACCGCGACCGCUUCUCCUGCUCCUGCCAGCCCGGCUACUUCGGCAACCCGUACGAAGGCUGCCGCCCCGAGUGCUCCGUCAACUCCGACUGCCCUCCGAGCCGUGCAUGCAUCAACAACAAGUGCGUGAACCCGUGUCCGGGUUCGUGCGGCCUCAACGCCGACUGCCGAGUGCUCAGCCACCAGCCCAGCUGCUACUGCCCGCCGGGCUACACGGGCAACCCGUACUCGCGCUGCUUCAUCGACCGACCCGAUCCAGAGCCCAAGCCGUUACCGGAGAACCCAUGUCAACCCAGCCCGUGCGGAGCGAAUGCUGAGUGCCGGGUCGUAGCUGGCAGGGCGCAGUGUUCCUGUCUCUCUGGUUUCCUCGGUUUCCCUCCGUCCUGCCGCCCCGAGUGCUUGCUUAACUCCGACUGCCCUCUGGCUCUGGCCUGCAACAGACAGAAGUGCCGCGACCCGUGUGUGGGCGUGUGCGGGGUCAACGCAGAGUGUGAGGUCGUCAACCACAACCCCAUCUGCUUCUGCCCCAAGGACCUCACCGGCGAUCCCUUCGUCAGAUGCGUCAAACGUAAGUCUGUCCGCCGUAGAAUUGUCACUACGGACCCUAAAAGGGUGUGUCAUCGUGUGUCUGUGUGCGUGCGUGUCCGUGUGUGUGCUGAUGGCAAGAUGCUAAAGGUUGUUGGUGUUGCAUUCGCAGCGGCGCCGAAACCCCCGAUGACGAGCCCUUGCUCACCAUCCCCGUGCGGGACGAACGCCCUGUGCCGCAGCGUCGGGGCCCGCGCCGAGUGCUCAUGUCCCCCCGAGCUGCGAGGAAACCCCUUCGUCAGGUGUUCCCCCGAAUGUGAAACGGACAACAUGUGCCCGAACAACCGCGCGUGUGUACGACGGAGGUGCGUGGACCCGUGUCCAGGGGCAUGUGGUCUGCUGGCCACAUGCCAGGUCCUCCAGCACCGCCCCGUCUGCGCGUGCCCCGAAGGGCUGAUGGGAGACCCCUACUCUGCUUGCCGACCAACCCCAACCCCCAUUCAAUCCGUAGACAAGUCGCCCUGCUCGAGCGGCCAGUGCGGAGACAACACUGAUUGCCGCGAGGUGGGUGGGGCGGCCGUGUGCACGUGCAAGCCCGGCCUCGAGGGCGACCCGUACCUCGGGUGCCGCCCCGAGUGCGUUAUCCCAGGGGACUGCCCACGCCACCUCACCUGCCGCGGCCACAGGUGCGUGGACCCGUGCCCAGGGACCUGCGCAGACGACGCCGUGUGCCAGGUGAUCCUCCACCGGCCUCGGUGCUCCUGUCCUCCCGGAUUCACCGGCGACGCCUACUCCCAGUGCUACAGGCCCUCUUCCACGUCUGUGGCGACGUCGCCCUGCUCGCCCUCGCCGUGUUUGCCCUGGGAGGUGUGCACAGUACAGGGCGCGGCCGCGCUUUGCCUGCAGUGCGUGGUCAGUAACGACUGCCCGGCGCACCAGGCGUGCGUGGCCCACCGUUGCAGCGACCCGUGCCCGGGUGUGUGCGGUCCAGGGGCGCAGUGCGUGGUGGUGGCCCACAGCCCCGUCUGUCGGUGUGACCCCGGCCUGCUGGGAGAUCCCUACAGGCGGUGCUCACGGCCCUCUCGCCCUGUGUCUCCGCCCCCGCAGCCUGUGCCGUGCGUGCCCAGUCCGUGCGGCACCAACGCUCGGUGCCAGGUCAAGCUGGACCGGGAGGUGUGCGAGUGCGCUCCCGGCUACUUCGGCAACCCGUACCUAGGGUGCCGGCCCGAGUGCGUGGUGCACACAGACUGUGCCGUGCGGCUGGCGUGCGUGCGGCAACGCUGCGUGAACCCGUGUCCGGGCUCUUGCUCGCCAGAGGCCGAGUGCACCGUGGUGAACCAUCGGCCUGUGUGCACCUGUCCCGUGGGCUACACCGGGGACCCGCUCACCCGGUGCCGCCCCGCGCCGCAGCUGCCACCGACGGCCACCAACGAGUUGAGCGACCCGUGCGCCCCCGGGCCGUGCGGCGCCAACACGCAGUGCCGCGUGACUGAGGGCUUCCCCGUGUGCGCCUGCCUCCCCGGCCUGGUCGGCAACCCCUAUCUAGGGUGCCGGCCGGAGUGCCAGCGGGACAUGGACUGCAGUCUGGACCGCUCAUGCGUGGGCCAGCGAUGUGUGGAUCCGUGCCCCGGCACAUGUGGCCGCCGCGCCUCGUGCAUGGUGGUCAUGCAUCGACCCCAGUGUGCCUGCAACGAAGGCUACUCCGGCGACCCUUACUCUGCAUGUUUUCUCUUUACACCUCCCCCAGUUCCCUCCCCCGCCUCCGCCUGUGACUUGUCUCCCUGCGGGCCCUUCUCGGAGUGCCGCGACGUGGGCGGCAUCCCCCGCUGCUCCUGCGCCCCGACCUACGUUGGCACCCCGCCCCUGUGCCGCCCCGAAUGCGUUGUAAACUCCGAGUGUCAAGCAAACCGUGCUUGCGUCAACCGGAGGUGCGUGAACCCGUGUACCGAGGCGUGCGGCGUGGACGCGGAGUGCCGUGUGAUCAACCACAAUCCCGUCUGUUCCUGCCGCGCCCAGUACACGGGGGAUCCCCUCUCGAUCUGCUUCCCGGCGCCCAAACCGGUUGCCCCUCCGUCCCUGCCCGUUGUAGACCCUUGUGCAGGCAGUGCAUGUGGAGACAAUGCCGAGUGUUCAGUGAUAAGCAACUACGCAGACUGCAAAUGCAAACCUGACUAUUAUGGUAACCCUUACGUUGCGUGCAAACCCGAGUGUGUUGUAGACUCUGACUGUCCCCGUUAUCUAGACUGUGUCAGGAACAAGUGUAUCGACCCGUGCCCCGGGGCAUGCGGCAUCAAUGCAAUAUGCGACGUGUUGAACCACCAGGCCAUGUGCAACUGCCCGACGGGUUACACGGGAAGCCCCCUCGCGCGCUGCUACCCCGCACAGGAAGUUAUCACUGCUCCGUCGCAGUCCACUCCCUGCGUGCCGUCGCCGUGCGCCGUGAGCGCCGAGUGCCGCGUGGUCGGGGGACGCCCUGUGUGCUCCUGCCUCCCCGGCCUCAAGGGCGACCCUACCCUCUCGUGCCGCCCCGAGUGCAUCACCAACUCCGAGUGCCGCGCUGACCAGGCCUGCGUCAGCCAUAAGUGUGUUGAUCCGUGUGUGGGUGUGUGCGGGCGUCAUGCCACCUGCAGGGUGGUACUGCACGCUCCGGUCUGCUCCUGCGACGCCGGGUUCAUCGGCGACCCCUACUCGCGGUGCCAGCCCGUGUCCUCUACGCUGGAGCCCACGCCGCCACGAAACCCGUGUUCAGGCGACCCGUGCGGCCCGAACGCCGUCUGUCGCGAGAUCAAUCUGCAGCGGGUGUGCACCUGCCUGGCCGGCUUCGUGGGCAACCCGCCCGCGUGCCGCCCAGAGUGUCUGGUGCACCCCGAGUGCCCCCCGCUCCUCGCCUGCCUCAAGAACCGCUGCGUGGAUCCCUGCAAGGGCACGUGCGGCAUCAACGCCGAGUGCCGCGUCAUCAACCACAACCCGAUUUGCAGCUGCCUCGGCGGCUUCACGGGCGACCCUUUCGUCAGGUGCACGCCCUCACCGAUCGCCCAGCCCACGCCUCCGCCCGUGGUGAGGCCUCCCAUCACGCCCACCACACCGACCCCCACUACGCCCAAGCCGAUCGCCGGCACGCCCCCGCCCAUCCAGAACCCGACGAUUAUCCCGACGGCGGUGGACCCUGAGAGUGCGCUGCCGCCCAUCGUGGAGUUCCCCAAGCCUCCCGCACCACCUAAGGACCCCUGCGUGCCUGACCCCUGCGGCUCCAAUAGCUUCUGCCGCCAGAGCGGCGACCGCCACAUCUGCGAGUGUCGGGAGGGCUACUUCGGCAACCCCGAGAUCGGCUGUGGACCCGAAUGCGUGCUCAGCACCGACUGCGCCAGCGGAUUCACGUGCGUCCGCCAGAAGUGCAUCGACCCCUGCCCGACCGCAUGCGGCCACGGGGCUCAGUGCACCGUCGUCAACCAUAGGGUCGUGUGUUCCUGCCCAGCGGGUCUUCAGGGCGACCCUUACACACAGUGCAUUGUCAGUCCCAUCGCCGGAACCACACCGUCCCCCACCCCGAUGCAGCCCACGGCCAAGACCCCGUGCGAGCCCAACCCGUGCGGCCAGAACGCUGAGUGCCAGCCCGUGGGCCUCGACGAGCGCUGCAACUGCCUCCCGGGCUUCUUCGGCAACCCUUACGACUAUUGCCGCCCAGAGUGUACGUCCGACCCCGAGUGCCCCUCCUACCUGGCGUGCGUGAACCAGAAGUGCAUCGACCCGUGCCCCGGCACCUGUGGGAUCAAUGCCGAAUGUCAGGUAGUCAUCCACGCCCCCAUGUGCUACUGCGAGCCGGGUUAUGUUGGUGACCCUUACCAGUCAUGUCGCCCUGAGCCAAUCGCGCCGCCACGCCCCGUGGACCCGUGCAACCCCAGCCCGUGCGGCCCCAACUCCGAGUGCCGCACCGUCGGGGACCGGCCCGUGUGUGAAUGUCUGACUGGAUAUUUCGGCAACCCACCUGAUUGUCGACCCGAGUGUAUAGUCAAUUCUGAUUGCCCCAUCAUAAUGGCAUGCGUCAACAAGAAGUGUCGUGACCCGUGCGCGGGCGCGUGCGGAACGGACGCCCUGUGUGAGGUGGUCAACCACAACCCCGUUUGCUACUGCCGCCAGGACAUGACGGGCGACCCCUUCAUCCGCUGUUUCACGCGACCCAUCGAUCCAACCAGUCCUAAGCCCCACGAGCCAUCAGACCCGUGCGCUUCCACCAAGUGUGGGUUGAACGCCGACUGCUCCUUCGUGGGAGGUCAGGCGGUGUGCAAAUGCCAGGGUAAUUUGCUAGGCAACCCGUACCAGGCGUGCCGCCAUCAGUGUACGGUCAACUCGGACUGCCCUUCCAACAAGGCAUGUUCUCGCAAUGAGUGCGUUGACCCGUGCAUCGGGGCGUGCGGCAUCAACGCCGAUUGCCACGUGUCGCGGCACCGCCCUGUGUGCACUUGUCCUCACGACCUCACAGGGAGACCCCUUCUCUCGCUGUGUCCUCCCACCCCUGUCCCCGACGACCCCUGUUCGCCCUCUCCGUGCGGCCUCAAUGCCGAGUGCAAGCGCAGGGGCACCGCGUCCUACGACUGCAAGUGCAUCAGGGACUACUUCGGCGACCCCUACACGGAGUGCCGGCCCGAGUGCGUGGUCAACACCGACUGCCCGAGUGACAUGGCGUGUCGUAACCUCAGGUGCAUCGACCCGUGUCCUGGCACCUGUGGUAUCAACGCCCAGUGCAACACGGUCAACCAUAAGCCCGGGUGCACGUGUCUGCCCGGCUUUGAAGGCAAUGCCUAUGAGAGGUGCCAAGUCAAGGCAGUUACGCCCUCAUCACCGACGGCCGACCCCUGUUCACCCAACCCGUGCGGGCCGUUCUCAUCCUGCCGCGUGGUGAGGAAGCGGCCCGUGUGCGAGUGUCUGCCAGGUUACUAUGGCGCCCCUACUAACUGCCAUCCUGAGUGCACUACCAACCCCGACUGCCCCAAGUACCUAGCGUGUGUCAAUGAGGACUGCGUGGACCCGUGUGUUGGUACCUGCGGCGUUUCUGCGGACUGCCAGGUGGUUAAUCAUAACCCCACCUGUACAUGUCCCAGAGGCUACGAGGGGGAUCCAUACAUUCAGUGUCGUCUGGUUGAGUUAACGUCGAAGUCUCCUGUCCCAGACACCCCUACAACUAUCUCUACGCCCACCGUUUCGACCAUUGCUACACCAGCACGCCCAUGUGCCUCUGAGCCUUGUGGCCGGAACGCUUUAUGUAAACCUUUGGGCGAAUACUUCGAGUGUACAUGCCCGACAGGCAUGUUUGGUAACCCAUACGUGGAGUGCCGAUAUGAAUGCGUUGUAGACUCUGACUGUGCUAGAAACAGGGCUUGUGAACGAAAUAAGUGCAUUGACCCUUGCGUGGGCGUGUGUGGAGAAAGAACAGAGUGCCACGUGAUCAUGCACAGGCCUGUGUGUACAUGUAUACCCGGGUUAACGGGUGAUGCCUACACAGCAUGUAACCCUGUGAAAGUGACAACUGUGCUCCCCCCACCACUGCCACAGCGAGAGGAACCGUGCCAGCAAACCACCUGUGGCUCCCUGGCUGAGUGCUAUGAGGAGCAUGGACGGCCAGUGUGUCAUUGCAUUGAAGGUUUUGUGGGUGACCCAUAUGUAGCAUGUCGCCCUCACUGCACUGCAGAUUCGCAUUGUGCUUCUGGCCUUGCAUGUGUCAAUGACAAGUGCAUUGACCCAUGUCCAGGUACAUGUGGCAUUAAUGCUGAGUGUAUAGUGCCAAAUCAUGUCCCUAUUUGCACGUGCCCACCUGGUUACACAGGCAGUGCAUAUCAGCGUUGCUUCCCAAAACCGGAUACAUCCUCGGAGUCUGGUGAGGACCUGUGUGAAGUGUGUGGGUCCAAUGCAGAGUGUCGUGAAGUGGAUGGCCGUCCGGUGUGCACUUGCCUACCUGGAUUUCUUGGUGCACCACCAAACUGCCACCCAGAGUGUAUCGUCAAUCGUGACUGUUCCACAGUACAAGCAUGCAAUAAACAAAAGUGUGUUGACCCAUGCAUUGGAGUUUGUGGCACGAAUGCAGAUUGCCGUGUCCUCAAUCAUUCUCCUGUGUGUACCUGUCUUCCAGGUUACACUGGUGAACCAUUCGUCAGGUGCACUCGUUUGCCUGUUGCCCAACCAACUCCUCCUCCUGUUACGGAACGUCCUGAUCCAUGCCGUGAGGGAACUUGUGGUCCCAAUGCCAACUGCCGUGUGCAGGGAACUCGUGGCAUCUGCACCUGCAUUGAAGGCUACUUUGGUAACCCGUAUGUACAAUGUCGCCCUGAGUGUGUCAUCAACUCUCAGUGUCCUCAGUACUUGGCUUGCAACAACCAGCGGUGUGUUGAUCCUUGUCCAGGUACCUGUGGCAUUGAUGCCAUCUGUGAGGUUGUCAACCACAAUCCAUUGUGCUCAUGCCCUCGCAGCAUGACAGGCGAUCCCUUCGUUCGCUGUGAACCGAUCCGUGCUCCUCCUGAUCCAUGCAUCCCUACUCCAUGUGGACCAUACACCAAAUGUCAAGUUGUGAAAGACAGAGCAGUGUGUUCUUGCCUUCCUGGCUACUUUGGAAACCCAGACCUUGGAUGCAAGACAGAGUGUACCAUCAACUCUGAUUGCCCUCUGAGUAAUGCAUGCAUUAACAGGAAAUGUGUUGAUCCAUGCAUUGGAGUGUGUGGUAAUCAGGCUGAGUGUGUUGUGGUCAGCCACAACCCAUUGUGUAGCUGCCCUGAUGGUUUCAUUGGCGAUCCUCUUGUUUCCUGUAAACCAAAGUCUGUUGUUCCAGUUGAUCCAUGUAACCCCAACCCCUGUGGAAUCAAUGCUAAUUGUGAAGUCAAGAAUAACCGAGCAUUCUGUACUUGCUUCCCUGGAUACUUUGGUAACCCAGAUGUGGAGUGUAGACCUGAGUGCAUCAUCAAUUCUGACUGCCCCCGAUACCUGGCAUGUGCUAAUCAGAAAUGUAUUGAUCCAUGCCCAGGCUCCUGUGGCAUCAAUGCACUCUGUGAUGUUAUCAACCAUAAUGCCAUGUGCAGCUGUCCACGUGGUUACAACGGCGACCCAUACGUCGAGUGCAGAGUUGCACCACCACCGCCCGUCAAGUGCUCCCCGAAUGCAUGUGGCUUUAACACUGAAUGUAGAGUUACUAAUGGUUUUCCUAUAUGCUAUUGCCUCCCCAGCUACACGGGCGACCCUUACAAAGGGUGCUCACCCACUACCACACCUCCCCCCCCGCUAGUAGCUAUCCCAGGCUCCUCAACCCCCAUGCCUUUCCAUCCCCCUACUACUCCAUCCUCUCCUCCCCGUCCACCCAUUGAGUGCGAGGCUAACUCACAUUGCUCACCCUCAAGAACGUGUAUCAACCAGCGCUGCGUCGAUCCCUGCACUGCCAGCCUCCCUUGUGCUGUGGGGGCAGAGUGUACUGUCAUCCGCCAUCGCCCUGUGUGCAGAUGUCCAUCAGGCUUCCAGGGAAAUCCACAGAGUGCCUGCACUCCCAUUCCGACUACCCCCAAACCAGACUGUCUUGCUGACCGUGACUGCCCACAGGACAAAGCAUGCGCAGGGAGGCAAUGCGUUGAUCCUUGUCGAUUAGCUAACCCAUGUUCACACUUUGCCGAGUGUACUGUUGUUGGGCAUAUGCCAGACUGUACGUGUAUCUUAGGUUAUGUUGGUAAUGGUUAUUAUUGUGAACUCUCUACUACAACAUCAACAACAUCUGGACCCAUUGCUCACUUCCCCUCUCACACAACCGUCCGCCCUGAAGUCGCUACCCAUCCUCCAAGCCAUGAAGUGGAAUAUGAGUGCACCAGAGAUUUUGAGUGCGAUGAUGAUGAAAUGUGCCAUAACAGAGAAUGUGAACCUGUCUGUAAAGUGUCUAAUCCAUGCACAGGUGACAACACUGCAUGUCGUGGAAUCAAUCAUCGGCCUGUGUGCCAGUGUCUUCCUGGAUUUAUUGGUAACCCAUUCAUUGAAUGCAAGAGACCUUUGCCACCAACACCAUCACCAGAAUGUCUUUCUGACCGAGAAUGCCCAGAUAAUAAGGCUUGUGCUCAAAGAGAAUGCAUAAAUCCAUGCAUCUCAUCAAAUCCAUGUUCGCUAUAUGCAGAAUGUACAACACGGGAACACUUCCCAGUUUGUACAUGUAUUUUAGGUUUUACUGGGAAUGGGUAUUUCUGUGACAGGCUUCCGCCAAUAGUGGAAAUACAAACACUUCCAACAAGUGUCACAAGACCACCUAUUGCAGUGACAACUAACACCCAUAGUCCCAUAGCUGAGUAUCCUACUACAGAGCGUUCUACGCCAAAAACUCCUAGCCCAAGGCCACCAUUCCUGCCACCCCUUCCACCCAUUAGUGUAGGAUGCCAAAGCAAUGAUGACUGCCCAUACAGUAACUCCUGUAUAAACAAACUUUGUGUUGAUGUGUGCCACCAAGGUUACUGUGGCAAGAAUGCAGACUGCUCCAUCAAGUUUGACAUCCCUAUGUGUUCUUGUCCACCUGGGACAUCUGGUGAUCCUUUUAUCGGAUGUAAGGCAAUAGCCACAGAAGCUCCUCCAACCACACUAGCUCCUCUUGCAGGUACACAUAGUCCUCUGCAAGAAAUUCCUUUGAAUCCUGUUUUUGGCCCUACAUCACCUAAACUACCCCCUCUUGCUGCAGCCUCUACCACGAGAAUCCCUGAUACUUUCUUACAGCCUACCACCAUUCAUUCAUUGCCACCACCGAUAACCAUAGGCUGUGAAAGUAAUGAUGAAUGUCCGUAUGAUAACACUUGUAUCAAUAAGCUGUGUGGUGAUGUUUGCAGUCCAUCCUUAUGUGGUGAGGAUGCAGAAUGCUAUACCCUGUCCAACAGACCAUCUUGCUUCUGCCCUCCUGGAACAACAGGUAAUCCUACCAUCAAGUGUACUGCUACACUGACUGAGCGGCCCAGUACUCUUCAUCCACCUGUUGCUGAGACAUUUCCAACACCUCCACAAGAAUCAAUCCAGGCCAUUCCAGGUCCCUCACACACACCACAUCCACCGAUAGCUGAAGUUGGAACUCCAAGACCAAUACCUCCAUUUGAUGAACCGGAGAAACUCCUUCCUCCAAUAAUACCACCUAUUGCAAUUGCUUGUGAGAAUAAUGAUGACUGCACAAUUGAUAACACCUGUUACAAUAAGUUGUGUUAUGAUGUUUGUGCUCUAGGAAUAUGUGGUGAAGAUUCAACCUGUACAAUCACUGUACAUCGUCCAGUAUGUACAUGUCCACCUGGAACAACAGGAAAUCCCACUGACAGGUGUAUUGCACUACUAACAGAACAACCGUCAACAUUCAGUCCAAUAGCAGAAACAAAUGCUCCCAUUAAAGAUGACCCAAUAAUUCCAAGUCCCAUUCAUACUACUUCUAGAAUACCGCUAGUUGACAUUACUACUCAAAGACCGACACCAACUACACUACUUCCUCCAAAGCCACCUACCCCAAGUCCAAUAGUUGUUGGUUGUGAAAGCACAGAUGCAUGUCCAUCAGAUAAUUCUUGCAUCAAUAAGCUGUGCCUCGAUGUCUGUUUCCCAGGAUUUUGUGGUGAAAAUGCAGAAUGUCAGACAGUUCAACACCGACCAAAAUGUAAAUGCCCUCCAGGAACAUCGGGCAAUCCAACAAUUAAGUGUUCUGCAAUAGCAGUUGAUAUUUUACCUCUACCUAUGGCUGAACCUAAGCCUGCUCCACCCUAUGAACAAGUAAUUCCAAUUGCUGGUCCCUCAACCACAGGUUUGCCACCACUAACAGAAGAUGUAACUCGUCCACGCCCAGAUAUAACAGUCACACAACCCAUACCACCGCCAGUUAUACCAUCUAUAAUAAUUGCAUGUGAAAAUAAUGAUGAUUGUGAAAUGAGCAAUUCAUGCAUCAAUAUGCUGUGUUAUGAUGCAUGCAGUCUCAAUUCAUGUGGUGAAGAAGCUGACUGUAAAACAAUUAAUCACCGUCCAGUUUGCAUCUGUCCACCAGGAACUACUGGCGAUCCACAGUUUGGAUGCAAAGCUACAACAACUGAACGAGUAACAACUCUCUCUCCAGUGACUGAUAGACCAGCUCAACCUGAUGAUGUUCCUAUUCAACCUCUUGCUGGUCCAUCAUCUGAACUUCCCAUACCAGUGACAGAACAGCCAACCACAAGGCCACCAGAAACUCCUUUGACAACACACAGACCUGUGCCAACACCUCCCAUGAUUCCCAUUGGUUGUGAGAGCACUGAUGAGUGUCCAUUUGAUAAUUCAUGUGUCAACCGUCUCUGUAUGGACAUUUGUCACCCAGGAUUAUGUGGAGAUAAUGCUGAUUGUCAAACAGUAGGACACAAACCUUCUUGUAUAUGUCCUCCUGGCACUACUGGUAAUCCAACAGAACACUGUGUGGCAUUAGCAACAGAGAGGCCAACAGCAAUUAUCCCCCUUACUGAGAGACCAGUUCCUCCAGCUGAUGCUAACAUUAUUCCUGGAAUAGGACCAUCCAGUACUCCUCUUCCACCACUAGCAGAAACAUCAAUCAGGCCCACUGAACCACCAUUACCUUCAACAACUCCAUCUCCAAUUGUACCACCAAUUGUUAUAGCCUGUGAAAAUAAUGAUGACUGUACUACAGACAACUCCUGCAUCAAUAAUUUAUGCUAUGAUGUGUGCAGUUUAGGUAUUUGUGGAGAUGAUGCUGACUGUAGAAUACGUGAUCAUCGUCCAGUAUGUAGUUGUCCUCCAGGAACCACAGGAGAUCCUACACGUGGAUGCUAUGCAGAGCUCACUGAAAGGCCUCCAUCUCCUCCUUCUCCAAUACCAGAGAUUCGACCACCUGAAGAUGAAGCUACAAUAAGACCCAUUGCAGAAUCAUCAAGUCCUGGUCUUCCUCCUUUGGCAGAACAGCCAGAACCAAGGCCUACUCUACCUCCAAUAACAACACCACCUCCACCACCCACACCAGGUCCAAUACCUGUUGGAUGUGAAACAACAGAUGAAUGUCCAUCUGAUAAUUCUUGUGUGAAUAGACUGUGUCUUGAUGUCUGUUAUCCUGGAAUAUGUGGGAAUAAUGCAGAAUGUCAAACACAUGGACAUCGUCCCUUAUGUACUUGUCCACCAGGAACAACUGGCAAUCCUACCAUCAAGUGCUCAGCAAUGGUUGUUGAUACACCUUCAACGCCAUAUCCUCCUAUUGCUGGUGAGCAACCAAUUCAGCCAGAUUCUCCUAUCAGUCCUAUCUCAGGUUCAUCAACCACUGGACAGCCACCUCUGGCAGAAGAAACAACACGUCCUACACCAAAACCAUUCGUAGUCAGACCUACUCCACCACCUAUUAUCCCUCCUAUUUCCAUUGCUUGUGAAAACAAUGAUGAUUGUGACAUAGGUGACUCGUGUAUCAACAUGCUUUGUUAUGAUGCAUGUAGCCUUAACUUUUGUGGAGAAGAUGCUGACUGUAAAACUAUUGACCAUCGUCCAGUUUGUAUCUGUCCACCAGGAACCAGUGGAAAUCCUCAGAUUGGUUGCAAAGCCACAGUGACUGAAAGAGUAACAACUGUUCCUCCAGUGACUGAUAGACCAGCUCAACCUGAUGAUGUUCCUAUUCAACCUCUUGCUGGUCCAUCAUCUGAACUUCCCAUACCAGUGACAGAACUGCCAACCACAAGGCCACCAGAAACUCCUUUGACAACACACAGACCUGUGCCAACACCUCCCAUGAUUCCCAUUGGUUGUGAGAGCACUGAUGAUUGUCCAUUUGAUAAUUCAUGUGUCAACCGUCUCUGCAUGGAUGUUUGUCACCCAGGAUUAUGUGGAGAAAAUGCUGACUGUCAAACAGUAGGACAUAAACCUUCUUGUAUAUGUCCUCCUGGCACUACUGGUAAUCCAACAGAACACUGUGUGGCAUUAGCAACAGAGAGGCCAACAACAAUUAUCCCCCUUACUGAGAGACCAGUUCCUCCAGCUGAUGCUAACAUUAUUCCUGGAAUAGGACCAUCCAGUACUCCUCUUCCACCACUAGCAGAAACAUCAAUCAGGCCCACUGAACCACCAUUACCUUCAACAACUCCAUCUCCCAUUGUACCACCAAUUGUUAUAGCCUGUGAAAAUAAUGAUGACUGUACUACAGACAACUCCUGCAUCAAUAAUUUAUGCUAUGAUGUGUGCAGUUUAGGUAUUUGUGGAGAUGAUGCUGACUGUAGAAUACGUGAUCAUCGUCCAGUAUGUAGUUGUCCUCCAGGAACCACAGGAGAUCCUACACGUGGAUGCUAUGCAGAGCUCACUGAAAGGCCUCCAUCUCCUCCUUCUCCAAUACCAGAGAUUCGACCACCUGAAGAUGAAGCUACAAUAAGACCCAUUGCAGAGUCAUCAAGCCCUGGUCUUCCUCCUUUGGCAGAACAGCCAGAACCAAGGCCUACUCUACCUCCAAUAACAACACCACCUCCACCACCCACACCAGGUCCCAUACCUGUUGGAUGUGAAACAACAGAUGAAUGUCCAUCUGAUAAUUCUUGUGUGAAUAGACUGUGUCUUGAUGUCUGUUAUCCUGGAAUAUGUGGGAAUAAUGCAGAAUGUCAAACACAUGGACAUCGUCCCUUAUGUACUUGUCCACCAGGAACAACUGGCAAUCCUACCAUCAAGUGCUCAGCAAUGGUUGUUGAUACACCUUCAACGCCAUAUCCUCCUAUUGCUGGUGAGCAACCACUUCGGCCAGAUUCUCCUAUCAGUCCUAUCUCAGGUUCAUCAACCACUGGACAGCCACCUCUGGCAGAAGAAACAACACGUCCUACACCAAAACCAUUCGUAGUCAGACCUACUCCACCACCUAUUAUCCCUCCUAUUUCCAUUGCUUGUGAAAAUAAUGAUGAUUGUGACAUAGGUGACUCGUGUAUCAAUAUGCUUUGUUAUGAUGCAUGUAGCCUUAACUUUUGUGGAGAAGAUGCUGACUGUAAAACAAUUGACCAUCGUCCAGUUUGUAUCUGUCCACCAGGAACCAGUGGAAAUCCUCAGAUUGGUUGCAAAGCUACAGUGACUGAAAGAGUAACAACUGUUCCUCCAGUGACUGAUAGACCAGCUCAACCUGAUGAUGUUCCUAUUCAACCUCUUGCUGGUCCAUCAUCUGAACUUCCCAUACCAGUGGCAGAACAGCCAACCACAAGGCCACCAGAAACUCCUUUGACAACACACAGACCUGUGCCAACACCUCCCAUGAUUCCCAUUGGUUGUGAGAGCACUGAUGAUUGUCCAUUUGAUAAUUCAUGUGUCAACCGUCUCUGCAUGGAUGUUUGUCACCCAGGAUUAUGUGGAGAAAAUGCUGACUGUCAAACAGUGGGACAUAAACCUUCUUGUAUAUGUCCUCCUGGCACUACUGGUAAUCCAACAGAACACUGUGUGGCAUUAGUAACAGAGAGGCCAACAACAAUUAUCCCCCUUACUGAGAGACCAGUUCCUCCAGCCGAUGCUAACAUUAUUCCUGGAAUAGGACCAUCCAGUACUCCUCUUCCACCACUAGCAGAAACAUCAAUCAGGCCCACUGAACCACCAUUACCUUCAACAACUCCAUCUCCCAUUGUACCGCCAAUUGUUAUAGCCUGUGAAAAUAAUGAUGACUGUACUACAGACAACUCCUGCAUCAAUAAUUUAUGCUAUGAUGUGUGCAGUUUAGGUAUUUGUGGAGAUGAUGCUGACUGUAGAAUACGUGAUCAUCGUCCAGUAUGUAGUUGUCCUCCAGGAACCACAGGAGAUCCUACACGUGGAUGCUAUGCAGAGCUCACUGAAAGGCCUCCAUCUCCUCCUUCUCCAAUACCAGAGAUUCGACCACCUGAAGAUGAAGCUACAAUAAGACCCAUUGCAGAAUCAUCAAGCCCUGGUCUUCCUCCUUUGGCAGAACAGCCAGGACCAAGGCCUACUCUACCUCCAAUAACAACACCACCUCCACCACCCACACCAGGUCCCAUACCUGUUGGAUGUGAAACAACAGAUGAAUGUCCAUCUGAUAACUCUUGUGUGAAUAGACUGUGUCUUGAUGUCUGUUAUCCUGGAAUAUGUGGGAAUAAUGCAGAAUGUCAAACACAUGGACAUCGUCCCUUAUGUACUUGUCCACCAGGAACAACUGGUAAUCCUACCAUCAAGUGCUCAGCAAUGGUUGUUGAUACACCUUCAACGCCAUAUCCUCCUAUUGCUGGUGAGCAACCAAUUCAGCCAGAUUCUCCUAUCAGUCCUAUCUCAGGUUCAUCAACCACUGGACAGCCACCUCUGGCAGAAGAAACAACACGUCCUACACCAAAACCAUUCGUAGUCAGACCUACUCCACCACCUAUUAUCCCUCUUAUUUCCAUUGCUUGUGAAAACAAUGAUGAUUGUGACAUAGGUGACUCGUGUAUCAAUAUGCUUUGUUAUGAUGCAUGCAGCCUUAACUUUUGUGGAGAAGAUGCUGACUGUAAAACAAUUGACCAUCGUCCAGUUUGUAUCUGUCCACCAGGAACCAGUGGAAAUCCUCAGAUUGGUUGCAAAGCUACAGUGACUGAAAGAGUAACAACUGUUCCUCCAGUGACUGAUAGACCAGCUCAACCUGAUGAUGUUCCUAUUCAACCUCUUGCUGGUCCAUCAUCUGAACUUCCCAUACCAGUGACAGAACAGCCAACCACAAGGCCACCAGAAACUCCUUUGACAACACACAGACCUGUGCCAACACCUCCCAUGAUUCCCAUUGGUUGUGAGAGCACUGAUGAUUGUCCAUUUGAUAAUUCAUGUGUCAACCGUCUCUGCAUGGAUGUUUGUCACCCAGGAUUAUGUGGAGAAAAUGCUGACUGCCAGACGGUGGGACAUAAACCUUCUUGUCUGUGUCCUCCUGGCACUACUGGUAAUCCAACUGAACAUUGUGUGGCAAUAGGAACAGAGAGGCCAACAACAGUUAUCCCCCUUACUGUGAGACCAGUUCCUCCAGCUGAUGCUAACAUUAUUCCUGGAAUAGGACCAUCCAGUACUCCUCUUCCACCACUAGCAGAAACAUCAAUCAGGCCCACUGAACCACCAUUACCUUCAACAACUCCAUCUCCCAUUGUACCACCAAUUGUUAUAGCCUGUGAAAAUAAUGAUGACUGUACUACAGACAACUCCUGCAUCAAUAAUUUAUGCUAUGAUGUGUGCAGUUUAGGUAUUUGUGGAGAUGAUGCUGACUGUAGAAUACGUGAUCAUCGUCCAGUAUGUAGUUGUCCUCCAGGAACCACAGGAGAUCCUACACGUGGAUGCUAUGCAGAGCUCACUGAAAGGCCUCCAUCUCCUCCUUCUCCAAUACCAGAGAUUCGACCACCUGAAGAUGAAGCUACAAUAAGACCCAUUGCAGAAUCAUCAAGCCCUGGUCUUCCUCCUUUGGCAGAACAGCCAGAACCAAGGCCUACACUACCUCCAAUAACAACACCACCUCCACCACCCACACCAGGUCCCAUACCUGUUGGAUGUGAAACAACAGAUGAUUGUCCAUCUGAUAAUUCUUGUGUGAAUAGACUGUGUCUUGAUGUCUGUUAUCCUGGAAUAUGUGGGAAUAAUGCAGAAUGUCAAACACAUGGACAUCGUCCCCUAUGUACUUGUCCACCAGGAACAACUGGUAAUCCUACCAUCAAGUGCUCAGCAAUGGUUGUUGAUACACCUUCAACGCCAUAUCCUCCUAUUGCUGGUGAGCAACCACUUCGGCCAGAUUCUCCUAUCAGUCCUAUCUCAGGUUCAUCAACCACUGGACAGCCACCUCUGGCAGAAGAAACAACACGUCCUACACCAAAACCAUUCGUAGUCAGACCUACUCCACCACCUAUUAUCCCUCUUAUUUCCAUUGCUUGUGAAAACAAUGAUGAUUGUGACAUAGGUGACUCGUGUAUCAAUAUGCUUUGUUAUGAUGCAUGUAGCCUUAACUUCUGUGGAGAAGAUGCUGACUGUAAAACAAUUGACCAUCGUCCAGUUUGUAUCUGUCCACCAGGAACCAGUGGAAAUCCUCAGAUUGGUUGCAAAGCUACAGUGACUGAAAGAGUAACAACUGUUCCUCCAGUGACUGAUAGACCAGCUCAACCUGAUGAUGUUCCUAUUCAACCUCUUGCUGGUCCAUCAUCUGAACUUCCCAUACCAGUGGCAGAACAGCCAACCACAAGGCCACCAGAACCUACUUUGACAACACACAGACCUGUGCCAACACCUCCCAUGAUUCCCAUUGGUUGUGAGAGCACUGAUGAUUGUCCAUUUGAUAAUUCAUGUGUCAACCGUCUCUGCAUGGAUGUUUGUCACCCAGGAUUAUGUGGAGAUAAUGCUGAUUGUCAAACAGUGGGACAUAAACCUUCUUGUAUAUGUCCUCCUGGCACUACUGGUAAUCCAACAGAACACUGUGUGGCAUUAGUAACAGAGAGGCCAACAACAAUUAUCCCCCUUACUGAGAGACCAGUUCCUCCAGCUGAUGCUAACAUUAUUCCUGGAGUAGGACCAUCCAGUACUCCUCUUCCACCACUAGCAGAAACAUCAAUCAGGCCCACUGAACCACCAUUACCUUCAACAACUCCAUCUCCAAUAGUGCCACCAAUUGUUAUAGCCUGUGAAAAUAAUGAUGACUGUACUACAGACAACUCCUGCAUCAAUAAUUUAUGCUAUGAUGUGUGCAGUUUAGGCAUUUGUGGAGAUGAUGCUGACUGUAAAAUCCAUGAUCAUCGUCCAGUAUGUAGUUGUCCUCCAGGAACCACAGGAGAUCCUACACGUGGAUGCUAUGCAGAGCUCACUGAAAGGCCUCCAUCUCCUCCUUCUCCAAUACCAGAGAUUCGACCACCUGAAGAUGAAGCUACAAUACGACCCAUUGCAGAAUCAUCAAGCCCUGGUCUUCCUCCUUUGGCAGAACAGCCAGAACCAAGGCCUACUCUACCUCCAAUAACAACACCACCUCCACCACCCACACCAGGUCCAAUACCUGUUGGAUGUGAAACAACAGAUGAAUGUCCAUCUGAUAAUUCUUGUAUAAACAGAAUGUGUCUUGAUGUCUGUUAUCCUGGAAUAUGUGGGAAUAAUGCAGAAUGUCAAACACAUGGACAUCGUCCCUUAUGUACUUGUCCACCAGGAACAACUGGCAAUCCUACCAUCAAGUGCUCAGCAGUGGCUUUUGAUACACCUUCAACGCCAUAUCCUCCUAUCGCUGGUGAGCAACCACUUCAGCCAGAUUCUCCUAUCAGUCCUAUCUCAGGUUCAUCAACCACUGGACAGCCACCUCUGGCAGAAGAAACAACACAUCCUGCACCAGAACCAUUACCAGUCAGACCUAUUCCACAACCUGUUAUUCCUCCUAUUUCCAUUGCUUGUGAAAAUAAUGAUGACUGUGACAUAGGUGACUCGUGUAUCAAUAUGCUUUGUUAUGAUGCAUGUAGCCUCAACUUCUGUGGAGAAGAUGCUGACUGUAAAACUAUUGACCAUCGUCCAGUUUGUAUCUGUCCACCAGGAACCAGUGGAAAUCCUCAGAUUGGUUGCAAAGCUACAGUGACUGAAAGAGUAACAACUGUUCCUCCAGUGACUGAUAGACCAGCUCAACCUGAUGAUGUUCCUAUUCAACCUCUUGCUGGUCCAUCAUCUGAACUUCCCAUACCAGUGACAGAACAGCCAACCACAAGGCCACCAGAAACUCCUUUGACAACACACAGACCUGUGCCAACACCUCCCAUGAUUCCCAUUGGUUGUGAGAGCACUGAUGAUUGUCCAUUUGAUAAUUCAUGUGUCAACCGUCUCUGCAUGGAUGUUUGUCACCCAGGAUUAUGUGGAGAUAAUGCUGAUUGUCAAACAGUGGGACAUAAACCUUCUUGUAUAUGUCCUCCUGGCACUACUGGUAAUCCAACAGAACACUGUGUGGCAUUAGUAACAGAGAGGCCAACAACAAUUAUCCCCCUUACUGAGAGACCAGUUCCUCCAGCUGAUGCUAACAUUAUUCCUGGAGUAGGACCAUCCAGUACUCCUCUUCCACCACUAGCAGAAACAUCAAUCAGGCCCACUGAACCACCAUUACCUUCAACAACUCCAUCUCCAAUUGUACCACCAAUUGUUAUAGCCUGUGAAAAUAAUGAUGACUGUACUACAGACAACUCCUGCAUCAAUAAUUUAUGCUAUGAUGUGUGCAGUUUAGGUAUUUGUGGAGAUGAUGCUGACUGUAAAAUCCAUGAUCAUCGUCCAGUGUGUAGUUGUCCUCCAGGAACCACAGGAGAUCCUACACGUGGAUGCUAUGCAGAGCUCACUGAAAGGCCUCCAUCUCCUCCUUCUCCAAUACCAGAGAUUCGACCACCUGAAGAUGAAGCUACAAUAAGACCCAUUGCAGAAUCAUCAAGCCCUGGUCUUCCUCCUUUGGCAGAACAGCCAGAACCAAGGCCUACUCUACCUCCAAUAACAACACCACCUCCACCACCCACACCAGGUCCAAUACCUGUUGGAUGUGAAACAACAGAUGAAUGUCCAUCUGAUAAUUCUUGUAUAAACAGAAUGUGUCUUGAUGUCUGUUAUCCUGGAAUAUGUGGGAAUAAUGCAGGAUGUCAAACACAUGGACAUCGUCCCUUAUGUACUUGUCCACCAGGAACAACUGGCAAUCCUACCAUCAAGUGCUCAGCAGUGGCUUUUGAUACACCUUCAACGCCAUAUCCUCCUAUCGCUGGUGAGCAACCACUUCAGCCAGAUUCUCCUAUCAGUCCUAUCUCAGGUUCAUCAACCACUGGACAGCCACCUCUGGCAGAAGAAACAACACAUCCUGCACCAGAACCAUUACCAGUCAGACCUAUUCCACAACCUGUUAUUCCUCCUAUUUCCAUUGCUUGUGAAAAUAAUGAUGACUGUGACAUAGGUGACUCAUGUAUCAAUAUGCUUUGUUAUGAUGCAUGUAGCCUUAACUUUUGUGGAGAAGAUGCUGACUGUAAAACUAUUGACCAUCGUCCAGUUUGUAUCUGUCCACCAGGAACCAGUGGAAAUCCUCAGAUUGGUUGCAAAGCUACAGUGACUGAAAGGGUAACAACUGUUCCUCCAGUGACUGAUAGACCAGCUCAACCUGAUGAUGUUCCUAUUCAACCUCUUGCUGGUCCAUCAUCUGAACUUCCCAUACCAGUGACAGAACAGCCAACCACAAGGCCACCAGAACCUACUUUGACAACACACAGACCUGUGCCAACACCUCCCAUGAUUCCCAUUGGUUGUGAGAGCACUGAUGAGUGUCCAUUUGAUAAUUCAUGUGUCAACCGUCUCUGCAUGGAUGUUUGUCACCCAGGAUUAUGUGGAGAAAAUGCUGACUGUCAAACAGUGGGACAUAAACCUUCUUGUAUAUGUCCUCCUGGCACUACUGGUAAUCCAACAGAACACUGUGUGGCAUUAGUAACAGAGAGGCCAACAACAAUUAUCCCCCUUACUGAGAGACCAGUUCCUCCAGCUGAUGCUAACAUUAUUCCUGGAAUAGGACCAUCCAGUACUCCUCUUCCACCACUAGCAGAAACAUCAAUCAGGCCCACUGAACCACCAUUACCUUCAACAACUCCAUCUCCCAUUGUACCACCAAUUGUUAUAGCCUGUGAAAAUAAUGAUGACUGUACAACAGACAAUUCAUGUAUUAAUAAUCUCUGUUAUGAUGUGUGCAGUUUAGGCAUUUGUGGAGAAGAUGCUGAAUGUAGGAUUGAUAAUCAUCGUCCAGUAUGUAGUUGUCCUCCAGGAUCCACGGGAGAUCCCACCCGAGGUUGUAAUGCUUUGCUUACUGAAAGGCCUCUUACUACUCUCUCUCCUAUAUCAGAAAUUCGACCACCAAAGGAUGAGGUUUCCAUAACACCUGUUACUGAACCAGCUAGUCCUGGACUCCCUCCACUGGUAGAACAUCCCAAGCCAAGGCCAACACUACCUCCAGUAAAUCCACUUCCACCACCACCUACACCAGGUCCUAUACCUGUAGGAUGUGAGACUACAGAAGAGUGUCCUUCUGACAAUUCCUGUGUAAAUAAACUUUGCUUGAACAUGUGUUAUCCAGGAUUCUGUGGAGAAAAUGCAGACUGUCAGACACAAGCACAUCGACCUAUCUGUAGCUGUCCACCUGGUACUACAGGAAAUCCAACCAUCAAGUGCUCUGCAAUGGUUGUAAAAGAGCCACCAACACUCCAGCCUCCGAUCGCAGAACAGAAACCACAUCCAGAUUUUCCAAUUAGACCAAUUGCAGGUUCCACAACCACUUUGCAGCCACCUUUGAUAGAAGAAACUGUGCGUCCAACACCGGAACCACUUCCACCACGACCUCCACCACCAGCUAUUGUGCCCGCACUACCCAUUGCUUGUGAAAAUAAUGAUGACUGCAAUAUAGAUAACUCCUGUCUGAACAAGCUCUGUUAUGAUGCCUGCACUCUUGGUAUAUGUGGAGAUGAUGCAGAGUGCGAAACUGUAGACCACCGACCUGUAUGUCUUUGUCCAUAUGGAACAACUGGGGAUCCUCAAGUUGGAUGCAAAGCAAUAACAGCAGAAAUGCCUGUAACAAUUUCACCAAUAGUUGAAGAGUCGCAAGUCAGUGAUUUACCCAUUCAUGCCAUCCCAGGCCAAUCUUCAACUCCACAAUCCCCUAUUGCCGAACUACCAACUACACGGCCACCUGAACCUCCCAUGCCUCAGCCUCCGGCAAUACCAACUCCUCCAUCAAAUCCAGUUGGCUGUGAAAGCACUGAUGAUUGUCCAUAUGAAAACAGCUGCAUUAACCGUCUUUGUCUGGAUGUAUGUCAUCCUGGUCUGUGUGGUGACAGUGCUGAUUGCCAGACCAUUGGCCAUAGACCUCUAUGCUUGUGUCCUCCUGGCACUACAGGCAACCCUACAGAGAGCUGCAAGGCAGUUUCUACCGACAGACCUACAACUCUGUCUCCUAUAACAGGCGCCCCAGGAAUAACUCCAGAUCAUCAGAUUGUACCAGGAAUUGGACCAUCAACACCAAUACCACCACCUCUAACUGAAACACCAACCCCAAGACCCCCAUUGCCAACAACUCCAAGACCUCCAUCAGUCCCAGUUGUUCCACCUUUCAUAAUUGCUUGUGCAAAUAAUGACGACUGUACAACCGAUAACUCAUGCAUCAAUAAUCUUUGUUAUGAUGUAUGCAGUCUUGGAGUAUGUGGAGAUGAUGCAGACUGUAAGAUUCAUAAUCAUCGCCCAGUUUGCAGUUGUCCUCCAGGAACCACAGGAGAUCCUUCCUAUGGAUGUCAGGCACUACUUACAGAAAGGCCAUUGGUACCAGCUUCACCCAUUCCAGAAAUAAGUCCAACACAGCCAGGUGAUCCAAUUAGACCCAUAGCUGAACCAACAAGUCCUGGACUUCCUCCUUUGGCUGAACUUCCUUCACCACCUACAACAUUGCCUCCAGUGACUACGCCUCCUCCACCACCCACACCUGGCCCCAUACCUGUAGGAUGUGAAACUUCUGAUGACUGUCCAUCUGAUAAUUCGUGUGUUAACAGACUCUGCCUUGAUGUUUGUUAUCCAGGCCUAUGUGGAGAAAGUGCAGAUUGCCAGACUCAAGGAAAUCGACCUUUGUGUACAUGUCCACCAGGAACCACUGGAAACCCAACUAUCAAGUGUUCAGCAAUGGCCUUCGAAAUGCCACCAAAACCGUAUCCACCACAAGUAGGAGAAAAGCCUUUACAACCAGAUUCUCCAAUCAGUCCCAUUGCAGGUCCUACAACCACAGGACCCCCACCUUUAGUAGAAGAAUCAACUCGUCCUCCACCUGAACCUCUACCACCACGGCCUUUACCACCACCAAUAGUUCCAGCAAUACCCAUUGCAUGUGAAAAUAAUGAUGACUGUGAAGUUGGUGAUUCUUGCAUAAACAUGCUUUGCUAUGAUGUAUGCAGCCUCAAUUCCUGUGGAGAAGAUGCGGAUUGUACAUCUAUCAAUCAUCGGCCAGUUUGUUUAUGCCCACCUGGUACAACAGGCAACCCACAAAUUGGAUGUAAGGCAACCACAACAGAAAAGAUAACAACACUUCCCCCUGUCACAGAUAAACCCCCAAUGCAGCCUGAAAUUACUAUACAUCCUAUAGCAGGUUCAACUUCAACACUGCCAGCUCCAGUGGCAGAAGAACCAACAACUCGUAUUCCAGAACCUUCAACUACAGUGCCACCUCCUGUGCCAACUUUACCACCAAUACCUGUUGGUUGUGAAAGAACAACCGGCAACCCAACAGAACAUUGUAGUGCCCUAUCAACAGAACGACCUGUUACAGUCUUGCCCCUUGCAGAAACAUCAAGACCACCACUUUCCCCGACUAUUAUUCCUGGAAAAGAACCUCCUAGUACUAUGCUUCCUCCUCUGGUUGAGCUCCCAACAGUCCGACCAACUGAAUCACCAUUACCUCUACCACUUCCACCUGCCAUUGUUCCAUCAAUUGCUAUAGCAUGCUCAAAUAAUGAUGACUGCUCUACUGAUAACUCUUGCAUUAAUCACUUUUGCUAUGAUGUGUGUAGUCUUGGUGUAUGUGGGGGGGAUGCUGACUGCAAAAUUCAUAAUCACCGGCCCAUCUGUAGCUGUCCUCCUGGGACUGAAGGAGAUCCUACUCAGGGAUGCAAGGCAAUACUUACAGAAAGACCUCCAACAUCUUCUCCCAUAUCUGAAAUACAUCCAUCACAACCUGGGGACCCAAUAACACCUGUAACAGAACCGACAAGUCCUGGACUUCCACCUUUGGCUGAGCUUCCCACACCAAGACCUAAACAACCUCCUGUGACCCAGCCACCAUCACCGCCUACAGCUGGACCUAUACCAGUUGGCUGUGAGACUACAGACGAGUGUCCCUAUGAUAAUUCUUGUAUAAACCGACUUUGCCUUGAUGUUUGUUAUCCUGGAUUUUGUGGACAAAAUGCUGACUGUCAGACUCAAGGACAUCGUCCCCUUUGUACUUGUCCACCAGGUACAACAGGGAACCCAACUAUAAAGUGUACAGCUCUUGCUGUUGAUUCUCCCCAAACUCCUACUCCUCCGGUGGCUGGAGAGACGCCCCAGCAACCUGACUCUCCAAUUACCCCACUUGCUGGACACACAACUGCUGGACUACCACCUUUGGUGGAAGAGCCUACAACUCCCUACCCAGACCCUCUGUCACCUCGACCUCCCUUACCUCCUGUUAUUCCUCCUAUUUCUAUUGCAUGUGAAAAUAAUGAUGACUGUAGUUUUGGUAACUCUUGCAUUAAUCUACUUUGCUAUGAUGCAUGUAGUCUUGGGGUGUGUGGUGAUGAUGCUAAUUGCAGAACUGUUAAUCACAGACCUGUAUGUCUUUGUCCUCCUGGUACAACUGGAGACCCUCAAGUUUAUUGCAAAGCUUUAGUGACUGAAAGUUCAACAACUGUUCCCCCUGUUGCGGAGGUGCCACCCCAUCCUGAAGAAUCAAUUCGUCCAAUUUCAGAUUCUACUACACGACCCCCACCAAUAGCUGAAACGCCUGAAAUUAGACCACCACAACAGCCCAUUACCCAACGUCCAACACCCAUUCCUACUGCUCCGCCAAUUAUAGUUGGGUGUGAAAGCAACGACCAGUGCAGUUUCGACAACACAUGUGUAAAUCGUCUCUGCCUAGAUGUCUGCCAUCCUGGGUUAUGUGCUGAAAAUGCCGACUGUCAAACUGUAGGACAUCGCCCAUCCUGUGUGUGUCCACCGGGGACAACAGGCAAUCCCACAGUACACUGCAGUGCUAUGGCAACACAGAAACCAGAAAUUACCAUUUCACCUAUAGCAGAUAUACCUGAAGUACAUAUAGACCCACUGAUUCCAGGAGCUGGCUCAACCACCACACCCCUCCCACCACUAGCAGAGAUGCCAACAACAAAGACUCCAGAGCCAGUAAUUGAACGCCCAAAGCCACAACCAAUUGUUCCUCCAAUAGCUAUUGCUUGUACAAAUAAUGAUGAUUGCACAACAGACAACUCGUGCAUCAACAAACUUUGCUAUGAUGUAUGUAGUCUUGGAGUGUGUGGAGAGGAUGCAGACUGUAAGAUUCAUAAUCACCGUCCAGUCUGUAGUUGUCCUCCAGGGACAUCAGGAGACCCUACAACUGGUUGUCAGGCAGUACUUACAGAAAGGCCAUUGGUACCAGCUUCACCCAUUCCAGAAAUAAGUCCAACACAGCCAGGUGAUCCAAUUAGACCCAUAGCUGAACCAACAAGUCCUGGACUUCCUCCUUUGGCUGAACUUCCUUCAACAACACCAACAUUGCCUCCAGUGACUACGCCUCCUCCACCACCCACACCUGGCCCCAUACCUGUAGGAUGUGAAACUUCUGAUGACUGUCCAUCUGAUAAUUCGUGUGUUAACAGACUCUGCUUUGAUGUUUGUUAUCCAGGCCUAUGUGGAGAAAGUGCAGAUUGCCAGACUCAAGGAAAUCGUCCAGUAUGCAAAUGUCCACCAGGAACCACUGGAAACCCAACUAUCAAGUGUUCAGCAGUAGCCUUUGAGAUGCCACCAAAACCAUAUCCACCACAAGUAGGAGAAACACCUUUACAACCAGACUCUCCAAUCAGUCCCAUUGCAGGUCCUACAACCACAGGACCCCCACCUUUAGUAGAAGAAUCAACUCGUCCUCCACUUGAACCUCUACCUCCACGACCUCCACCAGCUCCCAUUGUUCCAGCAAUACCCAUUGCAUGUGAAAAUAAUGACGACUGUGAUAUGGACAACUCCUGCUUGAAUAAACUUUGUUAUGAUGCAUGUACCUUAGGCAUAUGUGGAGAAGAUGCUCAUUGCAGAACUAUUGAUCAUCGACCUAUUUGUCUUUGUCCACAUGGGACUUCUGGUGAUCCUCAAGUAGGAUGCAAAGCAAUUUCCACCGAAAGACCUACAACAGUUAUUCCAAUAACAGAAUUACCAGUUGUCAGUGAUGUACCAAUUCAUGCAGUGCCAGGUCCAUCGUCUACCCCACCAUCCCCUAUUGCUGAACUACCAACUACACGACCACCUGAAACUCCAAUACCUCGACCUCCAGCAAUACCAACACCUCCACCCAAUCCAGUAGGCUGUGAAAGCACUGAUGAUUGUCCAUAUGAUAACAGUUGUAUCAACCGUCUUUGUCUGGACGUAUGUCAUCCUGGUCUGUGUGGUGACAAUGCUGAUUGCCAGACCAUUGGCCAUAGACCUCUAUGCUUGUGCCCUCCAGGCACUACAGGCAAUCCUACAGAAAGCUGCAAGGCAGUUUCUACCGACAGACCUACAACUAUGUCUCCUAUAACAGGCGCCCCAGGAAUAACUCCAGACGAUCAGAUUGUACCAGGAAUUGGACCAUCAACACCAAUACCACCACCUCUAGCUGAAACACCAACACCAAGACCUCCAUUGCCAACAACUCCCAGACCUCCUCCACCUCCAGUUGUCCCUCCUUUCGUAAUUGCUUGUACAAACAAUGAUGACUGCACAAUGGAUAACUCAUGCAUCAACAACCUUUGCUAUGAUGUAUGUAGUCUUGGAGUAUGUGGAGAUGAUGCAGACUGUAAGAUUCAUAAUCAUCGCCCAGUUUGCAGUUGUCCUCCAGGAACCACAGGAGAUCCUUCCUAUGGAUGUCAGGCAGUACUUACAGAAAGGCCAUUGGUACCAGCUUCACCCAUUCCAGAAAUAAGUCCAACACAGCCAGGUGAUCCAAUUAGACCCAUAGCUGAACCAACAAGUCCUGGACUACCUCCUUUGGCUGAACUUCCUUCACCACCUACAACAUUGCCUCCAGUGACUACGCCUCCUCCACCACCCACACCUGGCCCCAUACCUGUAGGAUGUGAAACUUCUGAUGACUGUCCAUCUGAUAAUUCGUGUGUUAACAGACUCUGCCUUGAUGUUUGUUAUCCAGGCCUAUGUGGAGAAAGUGCAGAUUGCCAGACUCAAGGAAAUCGACCUUUGUGUACAUGUCCACCAGGAACCACUGGAAACCCAACUAUCAAGUGUUCAGCAAUGGCCUUCGAAAUGCCACCAAAACCGUAUCCACCACAAGUAGGAGAAAAGCCUUUACAACCAGAUUCUCCAAUCAGUCCCAUUGCAGGUCCUACAACCACAGGACCCCCACCUUUAGUAGAAGAAUCAACUCGUCCUCCACCUGAACCUCUACCUCCACGACCUCCAGCAGCUCCCAUUGUUCCAGCAAUACCCAUUGCAUGUGAAAAUAAUGACGACUGUGAUAUGGACAACUCCUGCUUGAACAAAUUAUGUUAUGAUGCUUGUAGCCUUGGAAUUUGUGGAGAUGAUGCUGAAUGUGCAACUGUCAAUCACAGACCAGUCUGCCUUUGUCCUCAUGGAACAUCUGGUGAUCCUCAAGUAGGAUGCAAAGCAAUUUCCACCGAAAGACCUACAACAGUUAUUCCAGUAACAGAAUUACCAGUUGUCAGUGAUGUACCAAUUCAUGCAGUGCCAGGUCCAUCGUCUACCCCACCAUCCCCUAUUGCUGAACUACCAACUACACGACCACCUGAAACUCCAAUACCUCGACCUCCAGCAAUACCAACACCUCCACCCAAUCCAGUAGGCUGUGAAAGCACUGAUGAUUGCCCAUAUGAUAACAGCUGUAUCAACCGUCUUUGUCUGGACGUAUGUCAUCCUGGUCUGUGUGGUGACAGUGCUGAUUGCCAGACCAUUGGCCAUAGACCUCUAUGCUUGUGCCCUCCAGGCACUACAGGCAAUCCUACAGAAAGCUGCAAGGCAGUUUCUACCGACAGACCUACAACUAUGUCUCCUAUAACAGGCGCCCCAGGAAUAACUCCAGACGAUCAGAUUGUACCAGGAAUUGGACCAUCAACACCAAUACCACCACCUCUAGCUGAAACACCAACACCAAGACCUCCAUUGCCAACAACUCCCAGACCUCCUCCACCUCCAGUUGUCCCUCCUUUCGUAAUUGCUUGUACAAACAAUGAUGACUGCACAAUGGAUAACUCAUGCAUCAACAACCUUUGCUAUGAUGUAUGUAGUCUUGGAGUAUGUGGAGAUGAUGCAGACUGUAAGAUUCAUAAUCAUCGCCCAGUUUGCAGUUGUCCUCCAGGAACCACAGGAGAUCCUUCCUAUGGAUGUCAGGCAGUACUUACAGAAAGGCCAUUGGUACCAGCUUCACCCAUUCCAGAAAUAAGUCCAACACAGCCAGGUGAUCCAAUUAGACCCAUAGCUGAACCAACAAGUCCUGGACUACCUCCUUUGGCUGAACUUCCUUCACCACCUACAACAUUGCCUCCAGUGACUACGCCUCCUCCACCACCCACACCUGGCCCCAUACCUGUAGGAUGUGAAACUUCUGAUGACUGUCCAUCUGAUAAUUCGUGUGUUAACAGACUCUGCCUUGAUGUUUGUUAUCCAGGCCUAUGUGGAGAAAGUGCAGAUUGCCAGACUCAAGGAAAUCGACCUUUGUGUACAUGUCCACCAGGAACCACUGGAAACCCAACUAUCAAGUGUUCAGCAAUGGCCUUCGAAAUGCCACCAAAACCGUAUCCACCACAAGUAGGAGAAAAGCCGUUACAACCAGAUUCUCCAAUCAGUCCCAUUGCAGGUCCUACAACCACAGGACCCCCACCUUUAGUAGAAGAAUCAACUCGUCCUCCACCUGAACCUCUACCUCCACGACCUCCAGCAGCUCCCAUUGUUCCAGCAAUACCCAUUGCAUGUGAAAAUAAUGACGACUGUGAUAUGGACAACUCCUGCUUGAACAAAUUAUGUUAUGAUGCUUGUAGCCUUGGAAUUUGUGGAGAUGAUGCUGAAUGUGCAACUGUCAAUCACAGACCAGUCUGCCUUUGUCCUCAUGGAACAUCUGGUGAUCCUCAAGUAGGAUGCAAAGCAAUUUCCACCGAGAGACCUACAACAGUUAUUCCAGUAACAGAAUUACCAGUUGUCAGUGAUGUACCAAUUCAUGCAGUGCCAGGUCCAUCGUCUACCCCACCAUCCCCUAUUGCUGAACUACCAACUACACGACCACCUGAAACUCCAAUACCUCGACCUCCAGCAAUACCAACACCUCCACCCAAUCCAGUAGGCUGUGAAAGCACUGAUGAUUGUCCAUAUGAUAACAGCUGUAUCAACCGUCUUUGUCUGGACGUAUGUCAUCCUGGUCUGUGUGGUGACAGUGCUGAUUGCCAGACCAUUGGCCAUAGACCUCUAUGCUUGUGCCCUCCAGGCACUACAGGCAAUCCUACAGAAAGCUGCAAGGCAGUUUCUACCGACAGACCUACAACUAUGUCUCCUAUAACAGGCGCCCCAGGAAUAACUCCAGACGAUCAGAUUGUACCAGGAAUUGGACCAUCAACACCAAUACCACCACCUCUAGCUGAAACACCAACACCAAGACCUCCAUUGCCAACAACUCCUAGACCUCCUCCACCUCCAGUUGUCCCUCCUUUCGUAAUUGCUUGUACAAACAAUGAUGACUGCACAAUGGAUAACUCAUGCAUCAACAACCUUUGCUAUGAUGUAUGUAGUCUUGGAGUAUGUGGAGAUGAUGCAGACUGUAAGGUUCAUAAUCAUCGCCCAGUUUGCAGUUGUCCUCCAGGAACCACGGGAGAUCCGUCCUAUGGAUGUCAGGCAGUACUUACAGAAAGGCCAUUGGUACCAGCUUCACCCAUUCCAGAAAUAAGUCCAACACAGCCAGGUGAUCCAAUUAGACCCAUAGCUGAACCAACAAGUCCUGGACUUCCUCCUUUGGCUGAACUUCCUUCACCACCUACAACAUUGCCUCCAGUGACUACGCCUCCUCCACCACCCACACCUGGCCCCAUACCUGUAGGAUGUGAAACUUCUGAUGACUGUCCAUCUGAUAAUUCGUGUGUUAACAGACUCUGCUUUGAUGUUUGUUAUCCAGGCCUAUGUGGAGAAAGUGCAGAUUGCCAGACUCAAGGAAAUCGUCCAGUAUGCAAAUGUCCACCAGGAACCACUGGAAACCCAACCAUCAAAUGUUCAGCAGUAGCUUUCGAAAUGCCACCAAAACCAUAUCCACCAGAAGUAGGAAAAGAGCCAAAACCAGACUCUCCGAUUAUCCCACUUGCAGGUCCUACAACCACAGGACCUCCCCCUCUGGCAGAAGAAUCAACUCGUCCUACACCUGAACCUCUACCUCCACGACCACCACCACCACCCAUUGUCUCUGCUGUACCUACUGCUUGUGAAAAUAAUGAUGAUUGUGAUGUGGAUAAUUCUUGUUUGAAUAGGCUUUGCUAUGAUGCUUGCAGUCUAGGAAUAUGUGGCGAAGAUGCAGACUGUAAGACAAGUAAUCACAGACCUGUUUGUAUAUGUCCUCCUGGAACAACUGGUGAUCCACAGAUCCAGUGUCAGGCUCUUUCCAUUUUCAAGCCUACACCCCCUAUACCAAUAACAGAAAGUGUUUCGCCUCCUGUGGAACAACCAAUCAGACCUGUGGCAGGUCCAUCUUCUGUUCCUCCUCCUCCUCUAGCCUCCGAACGGCCGCCAAGACCUUCUGAGCCUCCAUUAAUUCAGCCUCCACCAGUUCCUACUCCUCCACCAAUUCCAGUUGGGUGUCAGAGUAAUGAUGAAUGUCCAUAUGACAAUACGUGCGUAAACAGAUUGUGCUUUAACGUAUGUUUCCCUGGACUUUGUGGUGAUAAUGCUGACUGUCAAACACAUGGGCAUAGGCCAGCAUGUAUAUGUCCUCCUGGUACAACUGGUAACCCAACUAUCCGCUGCACUGCAAUUGCAGCUGAAAGUCCAGACACUCUUCCACCUCCUAUUGCGGCAAGCACGUCCCCAAGACCUGAUGAGCCAAUUCUACCUGGAGUAGGACAGUCAUCUCCAAUGCCUCCUCCUCUUGUAGAAGAACCAACAACACGACCUCCUGAGCCUACAACACCUCGUCCUCCAGUAACACCCAUACUUCCUCCAGUUGUUAUAGCUUGUACCAACAAUGAUGAAUGCCCAAUGGAUAACUCAUGUUUGAAUCAUAUCUGCUAUGAUGCUUGUGCCAUUGGUAUCUGUGGGGAAGAUGCUGACUGCAAGAUCCAUAAGCAUCGGCCUGUGUGCAAUUGUCCACCAGGCACAACAGGAAAUCCUACAAUUGGCUGUCACGCACUCUUGUCAGAACAGACAACCAUACAGACACCUAUCAAGGAAACUGUUUCCCCACCACCUGACAGCCCAAUCCAUCCUGUAUCUCCUCCACCAUCUACAACUCAGGCACCUAUAGGGGAGGAUCCUCCAAGAAGACCAACAGAACCAACAACUAGCCAUCCUCCACUUCCACCUACACCUCUACCAGUACCAGUAGGAUGUGAGAGCAUUGAUGAGUGUCCAUAUGAUAAUUCUUGUGUCAACAAACUUUGUUUGGAUAUAUGUCACCCUGGCCUGUGUGGUGAAAAUGCAGACUGCCAAACAAAGGGUCACCGGCCAGUUUGUGCAUGUCCACCAGGAACAACAGGAAAUCCUACGCUUAAGUGUUCUGCAAUAGCAGUAUUAGAUCCUGUGGAACCGCCGUCACCUGUUGGUGAAGUGCAGACACCACCUCCAGAUUCUCCCAUUAUACCAGUUUCUCCUCCUCCUUCCACAACUCUUCCACCAGAAACUGAAGUAACACCAAGUCAUCCAGUGAAACCAUUACCUACACCUCCUCCUACACCAAUAGUGCCACCUAUACAGAUUGCCUGUGAGAAUAAUGAUGAUUGUGAUAUAGACAACUCCUGCAUUAAUUUGUUGUGUUAUGAUGUCUGUAGCCUUGGCAUAUGUGGAGACAGUGCAGACUGCAAGACUCUGAAUCAUAGGCCUGUGUGCGUGUGUCCACCUGGAACUACAGGAGAUCCACAGACUCGUUGCACUGCCGUGCUCACAGAGAUACCAUCUACACCAGCACCUCCUGUUGCCGAAACGGUUGAACCACCCCAACAGCCUGUGAGGCCUGUUGCAAUUACAUCAACAACGCCUCUACCUCUAUCAGAGACGCAGCCCCCCAUUGUAAAGGACCCACUACCGCCUCCCCCUGCACCACCAUCAACUGAAGGCCCCUUACCUGUUGGAUGUGCUACAAGUGGUGAAUGUGCCUUUGAUGAGAAAUGUGUGAACCGUCUCUGUGUCAAAGUAUGCAGCCUUAUGCCAUGUGAUACAAAUUCAGAUUGUUUUGUACAGCUGCACGAGGCUGUCUGUACACCUAUUGCCCCUAUCACUGCACGGCCACAGUGUGUCACUGAUCCUGACUGCUUCACAACACAGGUCUGUAUUAGCAAUGUGUGUCGUGAUGUUUGUCUUACAAGCAACCCCUGUGCCCCGAUGGCAGUGUGCACUGCAGAGAACCAUCGUCCCCGCUGCAACUGCCCACCAGGCUAUAUUGGAAACCCCUUCGUCUCCUGUCGAAGACCUGAACAACCCACACCACCGCCAGUCAUACCACUCACAACCUCUCGUCCAGACUGUAUUGUCGAUGGAGAUUGUGAAUAUCAUCAGGCAUGUCUUAAUCAAGAAUGUAAAAAUCCAUGCCUGUAUCGAGAUGUUUGUGGCUUUAAUGCUGAGUGCCUUGUCACAGUGCACACACCAAUGUGUAUCUGCAGCCCUGGAUACACAGGCAACCCUUAUGUCCAGUGUUCACCCCCCACCACCCCUGCCCCAACCCCUGCUCCACCUGUCAUCCAGCCUCAGUGUACUGUGAAUGAAGAUUGCCUAGAUCACCAAGCAUGCUUCAGCGGGAACUGCCAGAACCCUUGUCUGGUAGCUAACCCGUGUGCCCCUACGGCUCUCUGUGAUGUCACAAGGCACCGCCCAGUGUGUUCUUGUCCUUCGGGAUUAACGGGAGACCCCUACCUCCAGUGCACCAUGAGUAAGAAUGUCUAG